AUGCAAUUGCAGGCUGCCUUUGAUGGUCGCGAGGAGGCGGCCGAGCUAAUAGAGGCUUUCUUGCCGGGCAUCAACCGAGAUGGGAAAUAUCAGAGAGCAGACAGUCUUGUGACAUGGGCACGGGAAAAUGAGGCGGCAAUCAAGCGGCAGCGAAGAGAGUCAUUGCAGGGCAUGUGGGAGGUGCUACCACAGCAACGUGUAGUGCCAAAGCUGACGGACACCUUUGAUGAGCUGGCAAGGAGCAACCCGCUUGUCCUGCUGCCAGCACUGCAGCGGAAGAGGCGCUUGCUUAAAGAAAAUACGGACGCAACACAGCGUGCGAAGGAGGAGCAGCUGGCAAAGAAGAAGUAUGCUUUACUGUUGGCUGAAAUCAUUAAGGAGGCGAAGUUGCCACUGGAGCAACAGCUGGAGGGAGUGGACCAUGCUCAUCAUCCUCGUCUUCGCAAUGAACACGAUGACAUGACUCACAAUCACCAUUCUCAUCAGUACUACCCAAAGUCAGAACGUUAG